GUUGAGCCCCAAAAGAAACCAACUGUUAAUGAAGUUCCUGAUACUUAUUACGGUUUAGAAAAUUCCGAAGACUUGGUGACAAGCCAAGACUGUAUUUCGAGAAGUGAGUUGGACCACUUGAUCAAUGGAUAUUUGGAAGUCCUUGAUGAUUUUAUGUUCAAGCCACUAAAAGGUCAAGAGAAUGAAGAUAGGCCUAAAAAAUACAAGGCAUCAAACGACGAAGUAGAAAGUACCAAUACAGACAAGAAAGUUCCUGAAUUUGAUGACUUUGUUCUAAAUUUAAUCGAUGACUACCUUGGGGAGGAACCUGUUGUUAAAAGAGAAAAAGAAGCCAUCCAAGAACCAGCGAAAGUAG